AUGCCAGAAUUCCUCAUCAAUAUGACUUUAUCCACUACUCCACAAGCGACAUUCGCCCAAGCCGAUGCCCUUCUCCUUCAGGCUGCAGAGUUGAAAAAUGAAGCGGCCCAACUUCAGUCGCGGAUCGAUACCAUCAAUGAACGAGUCGAAAUCAUGACAACAACAGCCUCAGGCCUUCAAGCUAUCGCCAAUCAAGAUCGAGAAAGCAUCCAAUUCAUGUUUGAGCGAUCUCUAGAAGUGUACGAAGACGUUCUCGGUGCCUACGAACGUAUCCCUCGCAGGGCGGCCCGACUGGACAAUUUGAAGGUUCGAGUGGAAGACGGAAUGGCUACAGUAGAAGAACUGGAAGGUUUGCUUCAAGAUAUGGUCGAAUUGCGUAGGACCGGUCGCCUUGAACGAUCUCAAGCUCCCGAGCCGGAGAAUCUGCCAACCCAAUCGACCACUGUGCCGUCCAUCGAAGCUUCUCAAAGUGAGAUCGAACAGACCCCAACGUUCUCAACCUCCAUCAAGCGAAAUAUGUCUGCGAUCCAGGACGAAUCCGAGGAUGAAUCACCAGAGACUAUGGCACCCAAGAAGAUUAAACUUGGAGGUUCGAUUAGUCGAGCCGAAGAUGAAGGUGCCGAUUCUGGAGCGGGAGAAGACGGGAGUAGGGAAGACACAUCGCCAGAUGAGACCAAUAGCCGAUCUUCAUUCGACAACGCCAAUGGCCGAUGCUCUAACCUCGAGUCGUCAUUGCACUCGAUCGACACCAAUGAAGCGAAAUCAAGCGUUGAAACCUCAUUGAUCCAGGACCAUGACCCUGGCUAUCAUGGUCAAGCUUCACAAUCCCCCGAGUCAACAAAUACCGAAUAG